AUGACGCCAAUAACAAUGAGCGAUGAACAGUUUCAACAACUCUUAGCCAGACUUUCCGUAGGUAAUCAAAAUCCUACUCAAGUUGCUUCAGCUCAAAAUGGAAAUAUUACUGGUUGUUUAUCGAGAUUUGAUGGUGGAAAAAUCUCCAAUGUUCAAGCAUUUAUUGAUUCCGUAUCGAUAUAUAAAGACUGUGCGCAAGUAUCAGAUGAAAAUGCGUUGAAAGGACUUCCGAUGUUACUAGAUGAUUUCUCUGCCGAAUGGUAUCAAGGUGUAAAAGCUACCAUAAGUACCUGGAAAGAAGCAAUUGAUCUUUUGAAGCUUACGUUUGGACCGCAAAGACCUGCCUAUCGUGUGUAUCGUGAAUUAUUUGCAAAUGAACAAGAUAAAGUACACCUACUGACAUUUUCGUUUGUAAAGCCCGUUCUACGCUAG